AUGCCAAUUGGUCUUCUCAGUCAUGCGGAGAUAUGCGCCAAGUUCGACCGACUGGUGUCUGACGGGAUCAUCGCUUAUCAACCCAGCAAACCGGUUCUUGUUGCCGACAAAGGCAUGAUCUUCUGCUUCCACAUAGCCCAGACUCUGAAAAAUAAGCCACAGGCCGAUGACAAGUUCCAAAUCCCGAACUCGGGCACGUCGGACCCGCAUGCGGGCACUUUUGGCCCCGGCAGCGAUUUAGCCAGAGAUCACCCUGAUAUUUGUAUCACGAUCGUUAAUGGAACCCAUUAUCUCGUGAUAAACAAAUAUCCUGUUUUCCGUCCUAUGCUUCUCUUGCUGACUGUGGACUCGUAUCGGAGGCAACACGAGUCCCUUGAUCUUGAGGACUUGGAUGCGGGGUGGCGGAUGAUCUGUGAAAUGGAAGAGGAACAUUAUCUUUUCUUUAACUGUGGUGUGCUGGCUGGGUCUAGUCGGGCCCAUAAACAUUUACAGGUGGUUCCUGCGCCCGGGGCUCAUGAGGGAUAUGGCGAGGGUUUCAGGUUCUUCCCGGAUUAUGAUUCGGUGCCGGAAGAAGGCCCACCCGGCUUUGUUCAUUUUCUGCAAAGGUUUGGGGACUUACCAGGUGGUUUCGUCAAAGGCAGUGCGCAUGUGCUGGAGGUUUAUGUGCGGCUGUUACAACGGGCACGAGAAUCGCUUCACUUGCCAGAAAGUGACCCAUGUCCUCAUAAUUUCAUAUUGACCAAGCGAUGGAUGAUGGUUGUUCCUAGACAGGAAAAAGUGUUUCAUGGGAUAACUGCAAAUUCGGCGUCAAUGGUUGGCUCCGUCUACGUGGAGAAUGAAAAGCAGCUUAAUGCAUGGAAAGAGGUUGGCCCGAUGAACGUUCUAGCCAACCUGGGGCUCCCUAGAGAAUAA